UUCCUGGUGUCACCCGCAGAGGGCGCCGGCCGCCGAGCCGCCCGCAGAGUCGCGAGGCCGGAAGGAGCGCGGCGCCGCCCCACUCGUCCCAGCCGCCGCCAUGAAAGCCGUGGUGCAGCGCGUCACCCGGGCCAGCGUCACAGUUGGAGGAGAGCAAAUAAGUGCUAUUGGACGGGGUAUCUGUGUGUUGCUGGGUAUUUCUCUGGAAGAUACACAGAAGGACCUGGAGCACAUGGUCAGAAAGAUUUUAAACCUGCGCGUGUUUGAGGAUGAAAGCGGGAAACACUGGUCGAAGAGUGUGAUGGACAAACAGUACGAGGUGCUGUGCAUCAGCCAGUUUACCCUCCAGUGUGUCCUCAAGGGCAAUAAGCCUGACUUCCACCUGGCAAUGCCCACGGAGCAGGCAGAGAGCUUCUACAACAGCUUCCUGGAGCAGCUGCGGAAGACAUACAGGCCGGAGCUCAUCAAAGAUGGCAAGUUUGGUGCCUACAUGCAAGUCCACAUUCAGAAUGAUGGGCCUGUGACCAUAGAAUUGGAGUCCCCGGCUCCUGGUGCUGCUACCUCUGACCCAAAGCAGCUGUCAAAGCUUGAAAAACAGCAGCAGAGGAAAGAAAAGACCAGAGCCAAGGGGCCUUCUGAGUCAAGCAAAGAGAGAAAUGCCCCCCGAAAAGAAGACCGCAGCGCCAGCAGUGGGGCAGAAGGUGACGUGUCUUCCGAGCGGGAGCCGUAGACUUAGGGAUGGAACUCAGUGCAUUAUCAUUGGGCAGAACUGGAUCCUGAAAAAUUCAUGAAAGAUGCUGAGUACCUACACUGCUUUAAGAAUCUGGAACUGAAUCAUGAAAAGACAGAAAUAAGAAAUUGGGACCCCGAGUAGCCCUGCAGAAACAAAGCAGAACAAAACAACAACACCAAAGGAAUGACACCGUUUUCUGUUGUUGCUGUGGUCUAAUAGCAGAAGUGGGUGCUGGCAGUGCAGGGGCCUGCACCCCAUGCACAUGGCAGCAGGGCAUACACCUAUGCUUCCCCCAUGCAAAGACUGCUGGUUCCUGUGAUUUCUUGGCUUGCUUUUGAAACAGGCUGGCCCAACAUCAUUUGUCACCGAGUCCUCCCUUCACAUGUGUCCAUGAUGGGUCUCAACUGCAUUCACGCUGUCCAUGUUCUUCCCAACACUAGCUAAGUCAGGGCCCGGGUUAGGGUGUAAAGAGAACAAAUAUCGGUGAUAAUGUAUUGUGUAAGACCUUUGCAUCUUGUAAAUUUUCUCAUUUUUCUAAAAAGAAAUAAUAAAAUCCUAAACCCCAACAAACCACUUUAUUAUUAAACAAA